CUGAAUAUAUGAUACUUUUGAUUUUGAUAGUUAUAUGCUACUGAAAUUACAGCUUUUGAUGAAGAAUUUUAGUACGUUCAAUAUUGUUUCUUAGAUGCUGCUUGGGAUCUAUGUAAUUACAACAAAAAUGAACAGAAAAAAAAAGAAAAAAUGUCUUAGUCUAUUGCUAGCAGUAUAUCUGAUAGUGAUAAGAUAGUUUAGUCCCAAAUACCUACGGAGGUUGAACACUUACACGAACCCUCAACUAAGAAGUAAUAUUUUGCCAAAUUAUGUUCCGUAUUUACUUACGUACUUUAAUGUGUACUUAUGCAAAAUAUUGAGAAAAUCAUCGCUAUUGAGGAACAAGGAAACUACUGUUCUCUUCCUCACCACCACUAUACCUAAAAAUUCUUGUCAUAACUUAAAGUUAGAUUAAACAAACCAUUUAUUUUCUUAUGGAAUAGGGGAUUAGUGAAGGCCGUUCAGAUAAUUGUAAGUCUAACUAACGACAUAAGCGGCAGCAGAAAGGCUGUUAUAGAUUUGGAACGAGAAAUUUAUUCUGAGCCUUCUUUGAUAAACAUAAGACUGUGUUAUUUGGACUGUACUCGAGUUUAUCCAAUAUUAUCGGGUUGACUUUGAUGAAAAAACGAAUGGGAAGUUCACAAACUUACGCAAAGCAAAAGAAUUUGAAAACCUCAAGGAUAAAAUCUUGUAAUAACUGCAGGAAAACGAAGCUCAAAUGCGAUAAAAAGCUUCCUUGUUCAAGAUGUUCGCAAAAAAAGGUAGGUGAAACCUGUACAUAUGAGUCUUAUACUGCCAAAGAACGAUGUUCACGUAACGUGGAAUCCCCAACGGAAGAAUUAGCUUACUCCGGUAAGAAUAGUUUAGACAAAAAUCUGGAUAAUGCAAACAAACAGCGAAGCUAUCGCUUGUCAUAUUAUGGAUUAUAUGGUUUAAUGGAUCAGUUUAUGAAAGAGAGCAUUUCCUCUAAUUAUUCUUUUGACUUUGUGUUUAAACCUUUACGUCUUCCUGAAGAUAUAAAAGAUUUCUGCAAACAUGUUCCACCUUUCGAAAUAUGUUUAGUAGUUUGUGACAUCUUCUUCCAAACUUUAGCGAACUGGAUUGAUAUUAUUUCUAAAGACAAGAUAGAAGCGUCCGUACGACGGUUUUUUCAAGACCACUUUGAGGUGAAUGAUUUAAUCUUGCUUUUUUCCACGCUUUCAGCGAUAUUUAAACAAAAUGAAUUGCCGGCGAAUAUUUUGAGUUAUUGCGAAAGUACACAUUGUACGAGGGAGCAAUUAGCAGAAGAAUACUAUGGAAAAGCCGAAAAACUUAUUAUGUUGAAUGAUUUACUUCGUAACCCCAAAUCCAUUGAAACAUUGCAGCACCUUGCUCUUCAUGCAGCGUUGGAAGUUACUAGUCCUGCACCUGAAACUAUUGUCAAUUUAACAAGGGCUAUAUAUUAUCUCAAUUCUAUGAAUACAAGGGGAUUUUUAAGUGAAAAAAAUAGCGAAGAGCUUUGGAAAUUGAUGUUGUCUGUAAAGAAGUUGGAUGCUUUAUACUGUAUUUUCUUCCAUGGUUCUCCCUUUAUGCAACAUGACGUCGUGAAGAUACAGUUGUUGCGAUUCGAUAAUUGUUUCACAGAAAAUGCUUACGAACAGUUGCUUAGCGAAGUCUGUGAUGAGGGUUUGAAUAUAUGUAAGAAUACCAGUUGUUUAUCUGCUGAGGAAUACCUUUUGAAUAUCAACAAAGUUGAAGUGAAUUUGUCUUUAUUAUCGAUGGAAAUUGACUUGAAGGCUCAUUCUCCAUUGCAUCCGAUAUCGAAAUUCCAAUGUUUUUUUCUUAAAUCUGUGUUAUGGACGACCAAAGGGAUACUAUACCUGCCUGUUAUAAGUCUCAAUGAUCAAAGUUUGGAGGAAACGAUAGUAUUGAAAGAUAAACUAGCAGAAUCAUCAAUCUAUAAAUUUCGGUUAAUUACGGAUUCAAUCCAGAAAAUCAUAGAGGUUGGUCUGCAAAAUUUUUACUUCUUUGAGGCCCUGAAGAGCGUAUUUACACUUAUAGUUUGUCGUAACGAAAAUUAUACAUACAAAGACGAAUUGUUCGAUUCACUGAAUGUGCUAAAAGGACUAGCACCAGAACUAGGUCUAAGCUUUUCUGUAAAGAUAAUCGAUGAGUUAAUACAUUUUAUAAACUUUGUUUAUCAGAAGGAUCGCAAUGAAGUUGAUGGUCAUGAAGGAAUGAAUGAUACUGAAAUUAAUAACUUCUGCGAAUUCCUCGUGUCGAAUUACUAUGAAAAUCCGUUUUUCUUUUAAGAUCUUUUUACUUGUUGUUACUUAAUUAUAGGAAUCUCUACACAACCUACAUAGAAAAUUGGAAUUUUGGUGCUUGAAAUUAUUAUCAUGACACUAACUGUACAUUACUUUAAGUUUUUUGAUUUGUUAAUACUUAAUAUUUAAAAGAAAAUUUUUCUAAUGAUCCUUUUAUUUUGUUUUUGA